UAAGUGGUAUAAGUGACAAUUUCUUUUUUUUUCUAGGCAGUGUACCAGACACUACACAUGCUUUAAGCCCAUUCGAAACAUUCACUCAUCAACCACCAAAAUUCUUCAAGCCAUUGAUGCCUGUCAGAGAAGAGCACACAAGAAAGAUUCCUGUUGAAAGCCAGCCUCUCCUCAGUCAAGAGGAGUCAGAAGAAUUACUAGUGGCUACUUUUCUCAUAGUGCAUCCAACGCUACACUUACUGACAUAAUGGUUCCCUCCAGUAACAGCAUGGAUCAUUUAGUUGCCUAUACUGGGGAUUUUGAAAGCCGAGAUGUUUUGCUUCACCAUUCUGCAAAUGAUCAUGUGUCUUACUCUCACAAGCGAUCGAACGGUAGGAUUUCUACAGACAACCAGCCUAACCUCAUAGAAAAAAGUGCCUUUGAUAAAGUGCCACAUUGCAGUACUGAAACAACUGUUGCUCUCCUGUUCAGAAGUGUGUCGUGCUCUUCUGUCGACUCCCCAAGCUACAAAUCUAAAGUAAGCACUGUCAAUUUUCUGCCCAGUUAAGUUGCCGUGGAGCACACGUGUGCUAUAUUAGAAGAUCAUUCAUUCAGAGAGUUCAUGGGGGCUGAAGAUUUAUUUUCCAAUGGAGAUAUAGAUAGAGCUGACUGCAACUUAGUACCUGACCCCUCUAAUGAAACCCCUAGCCAACACUGGCUGACAGAGGAUGAUCAUGACUCAAACUGCCUCACUGAUGCUGCCUUGUUUAGCAAAUCCCCCCUCAUUUCUCUGUCGAUAGUUCCCUUGAAAAAAAAUAAUUUACAUAUUUCUGACUGUGAAGAUAAUCCUUUCCACAACUCACUGUGUCUCACACUUGGCAAUCAAGUAUGCAUUGGGGAGAACAUAACUGGGACAGUGCGAUACAUUGGCACAGUCGAUUUUUCACAUGGUAUGUGGGUUGGAAUUGAGCUUCAUUCUCAGCUAGGCAAACAUGAAGGGACAGUAAAAGGCAAGGAGCAUUUCCGCUGCAAACCCAAGCACGGCGUGUUUGUCUGUCGCAGUCGGUUUACCAAAGCACUUGACUCAUCACAGAGGAGCAAUAGCAGCACUGCACAGGCUCAGGCAUCAAUGAACAUAGACAAGAGGAAGAGUGCGGUGCUUCGAGACUCUUCAGCUGCCAAACCAGGAGUGAAAGCAGCCUACCUGUCUGGGGAUCAGGCAGCAUCUGCAUUCUCUAGGAAACAGGAGAUCCGCAAAUCCUGGAUUAAAUAAGAAGCAUUAUUUGCACUUACUACACAAUUCUUGUGU